CAUGGCAGACUCGAAAGUGAGCUUGAAGCUUCUUAUAGACACAAAAACCAACAAGGUUCUCUUUGCAGAAGCUGGCAAAGACUUCGUUGAUUUCCUCUUCAACCUUCUCUCUUUGCCUGUUGGAGCAGUCGUUAGGCUUCUCACAAAGCAAUCCAUGGUGGGUUCGCUGGGUAACCUUUACGAGAGCUUCGAAAACCUGAGCGAAACAUACUUUCAACCCGACCAGAACAAGGACUCUCUCUUGAAACCCAAAAUCUGUGCUUCUCAAGUUCCUCUGUUGCUGCCUGAUGUAUCAUUUGUUACGAACAAGAAGUUCUACACGUGCUCCAACUAUCAGCCGGGUCAAGAGCAUUCAAGGUCAUACGGAGAUUUUUGGCUUAGACUUUUAUAUGAGUCCGACGACUCGUCCCGACCGUGUUCCUACCUUUCGGUCGCCGAUGACCCGAGUGCGGUCUGUCCUAAGUGCAAUGCUUAUAUGACCAAGGAGGUAAGCUACGUUGCACGGGCCGAGGCCGAAGAGGUGUCAGCUGGUGAGGCAGCAGGAGGGUAUGUUAGAGGUGUGGUGACUUAUAUGGUGAUGGAUGACUUGGCGGUGAAGCCUAUGUCUACUAUCUCUAGCAUUACAAUGCUUAACAAGUUCAAUGUUAAGGAUGUUGGUGCCCUUGAGGAGAGGGUCGUUGAUUUUGGAAUGAAUGAGGGUGUGCAGCUGUUGAAGACAUCUUUGCAGUCUGAAACAGUCCUGACCACCAUCUUCCUCGGGAAUAUGGUGGAGUUGUCCAUACAAUGA